UAUAUAUUUUUUCAUUUUUAAAUUUUGGUUUUUCAUAUUUAUUUACUACUAAAAGUAUACUGGGAGUGAUUGGUCAUGUCAUUUCUCAUCUGCAAAAUCUAGGGUUUUUAUUAGAUUCCUCAUUUUCAAGACAAAUUUUCUAUUUUUCCUUUUCCCCUUCACUUCAACUUAAGCUUACACUUCUGCAGAUUUUCCUUUGAGUAAUAACCUAAUAUAGAGUAUACUUUUCAAUUAUACUUCCUUUCUAUUUUUGGAAACUUUUCUAAUCUGGGUAUUUUAGUUCUUUGCUUGUCGACAUCAAAAUCAGAGAAACUAAAAGAGUGAGAAAAUGGUGAGACGGAGAACCCAGAUGAAGAGAAUAGAAAAUGCAGCAAGCAGGCAAGUAACCUUCUCAAAACGAAGAAAUGGGUUGCUUAAAAAGGCCUUUGAGUUAUCAGUUCUCUGCGAUGCUGAAGUUGCACUCAUCAUCUUCUCUCCCAGAGGGAAGUUAUAUGAGUUUUCUAGUUCUAGUACGAACAAAACAAUAGAACGGUAUCAGAAGAGACAGAAGGAUAUUCAUGGAAUCAGCAGCAAAGGGGAAGAUAUGCAGGAUGAUGUAAAGGAAGACGCUCACAGCCUGGCGAAGAAGAUCGAAUCUCUCGAAGAUUCUAAAAGAAAACUCCUGGGACGUGGAUUAGAACCAUGUUCUAUUGACGAUCUGCUACUGUUAGAAAAACAGUUGGAACGAAGCUUAAGCCGAAUUAGGGCAAGAAAGAAUCAGGUAUUCACGGAGCAAAUCAAGAAGCUAAAAGAAGAGGAGAGACGCCUUGGGGAAGAAAAUGCAAAUCUGCGUGAAGAGUGUGGGAUGCGACCACGAGAAUCGACGUCAACAAGGCAAUCGGAUGAUGAGCGGAACAUGGAGGUGGAGACGGAAUUGUGUAUUGGCCCACCGGAGAGAAGAUGUAAACUAAAACCCUAGUUUUUCUUAUUAUUGUGUAUUUAAUAAAUCUCAAAUGAAGCUUCGAAGCUUUCUUAA